AAUCUAUUCAGCGGACUGUUGAUCCACAUUUAUUGCCAAUUCGAGAUACUCCAACAUCGUCUGAAGAGCAUUAAACCUGACAGGGAGUACUCUGCGAAACAGUGUGCUUUUCAUCAUUAUCGCAUAUACAAAUUCGCUGAAAUUAUAAACGCGAAGUUCAGCAUCACGAUGGCCACGCAAUUUCUGGUGACCACUAUGACAAUGUGCUUCAACCUCUUUCGACUGACACAGACCAAGGUGUAUUCGCAAGUUUUAGCAUUGAUACCGUUCAUGGUCAGUGUGUUCGCACAGAUAUUUUAUUGUUGCUGGUAUGGAAACGAGACCAAAGUGAAGAGCCUUGAAAUUUGCGACACAGUAUUCGAAAGCAACUGGACGGCACUGAGCCAGAGCACCAAAAAGACACUCCUGACGAUUAUGUUACGCUCGUUGAAGCCAAUAGAAUUCACCGGCGCUUUCGUUUUUCCCGUAAAUUUGGAGUCUUUUAAAAGUUUGGUGAAAACUUCCUAUUCGGUAUUCAACGUAAUCCAGCAAACGUAA